CACAUCACUGCCUAGCUUUAGCCACCCGGCUAACUAGCUAUCUUUCUGCACACAAAUGUGAACAAGCGAUGUGUGUGCUAGUCAUCUCCCAUAAUGGGGGAAUACGCAUUACUGUUAAACAUAGCCUGCUACUGAAUGAACUCCUGAGGUGGAUAUCAGUGAACAGUUGAGAAAAUCAUAACAACCAUGACAUUGCAUCGGUUUCUCUCUGAUAUCAGUCGCUCUAAGGAUGCAAUUUGAAAUUUAGGUGUGCCGAAGACAAUGAAUCUACACCAAGUACUUACUGGGGCUGUCAACCCCGGGGACAAUUGUUUCUCUGUUGGAAGCAUAAACAACGUACCCUUCACGGCUUAUGCCUCUGGAUGUGACAUUGUAAUCUUGGGGAGUGACUUUGAAAGGCUUCAGAUCAUCCCAGGUGCCAAACAUGGGAACAUCCAAGUUGGAUGUGUGGACUGCUCUCAGCAAGGAGGACAAAUUGCUGCAUCCUAUGGUAACAUUAUUUGCAUAUUUGAGCCUGUGCAGAUUAGCCCAAAGGAAAAGACACAAACGAAGCUGAACUACCACUGGCAAAAAACUGGCCAGUUUGUUUUGCAGUCAAUAGCACACAACCUGGCCUGGAGUCCCACAGGUACUAGUCUUUUGACUGGGUCAACCUGCCUGCAGUUGUGGUCCAAUGUGAAUUUCUGCUUUGAUGCUGAGUGGAAAUGUAGCAGUGAUCCUCUGUGUUCCUGGAGGUGUAUAUGGCAGUGCAAGACUGCCUCACCUAUUCACCUAUUGAAGUUUUCUCCAGGGGGAGAAUUCUUUGCUACGGCAGGGCAGGACGACUGUUUAGUGAAGGUAUGGUACAGCACGAGCAAGUGGCAGUGGGAUUCCCCGAAGCUGUUCACUCCCCCCGAGCUCACCUCCCAGGGCGAGGUCAACUUCUCCUUCAUCUACCUGGCCCACCCACGCUCCGUCACCGGCUUCUCCUGGAGGAAAACCAGCAAGUUCAUGCCCAGGGGCGCCGUGGGCAACGUGCUGCUGACCUGCUGCAAGGACAGCGUGUGUCGAUUGUGGGCCGAGACGCUUCUCCCCAGCGACUGCCUACUGUCCGGACUCCGCUACAGUCCCGGCAGCAACAACACCGGCAACACGCUGAAAUCUGCCAGCGUGAAGAAGGCCCAAUGUAACAACAAAGGCCAGAGUCCGAAACCGCUGGAGCUGAACCUGGCAGAGCCGUGGGGGGUCUCAGUCAGGUGCACAGCCCAGCUGGCCCACACGGGGCCGCUCCCCCAGCAGCAGAACAAGCAUUACGCCCACAGGGCCAGCGCCCCCCAUGCCAACGCCCUGUGCCACUUCCACAUCGCAGCUAGCAUCAACCCGGCCACAGAUAUCCCGCUGCUGCCCUCCAUCUCGUCUCUGAGUGGCUCCGACGAGGAGGAGCCUGGCGGACCCUUCACCGUGCACUGGCUCAACAACAAAGAGCUGCACCUGACUCUCACCAUGGAGGUGUUCCUCCAGCAGCUCAGGGGCACGUUGGAGCAGCACAACCCACCGCACACUGCCCAAGCCAAUGGGGCGACGGAGUAUGAUGAGGAGGGUAACGUGGCAAGCCCCGAAGGGAGCAAAGGAGAGCAGAGCGCGGAUGCAGCUUCCGGCCCUCUCCCUGCAGCUGCUGUGGAGCACCAGGUAGACGUUUUACUGGGCGACUGGAAUAAGGCAGCGGACAUGCUCUACAGCAUCCACCCCAUGGAUGGCUCUCUGCUGGUGUGGCACGUAGACUGGCUGGAUGAGUAUCAACCUGGGAUGUUUCGUCAGGUGCAGGUGUCUUUUGCGUCCCGGAUCCCCGUCGCCUUCCCCACCGGCGACGCCAACUCCCUCAGCCGCAGCGUGGUGAUGUACGCCUGCAACAGAAACGUGGACCUGGCCAUCCAGCAUGGACGACAGCGGCCCACGGCCCUGCCCCGUUCCUCCUCCGUCCUCGUUGGCCUGGGCCAGGGCAAGGCGUGCUCAAACAGCCUGCGCCUGAGCAUCUUCACCCCCAACGUGCUGAUGAUCUCCAAGCACGCCGACGGCUCGCUCAACCAGUGGGCGGUCAGCUUCGCCGAGGGCUCGGCCUUCUCCACUGUGCUCAGCGUGUCGCACAAGUCGCGCUACUGCGGCCAUCGCUUCCACCUCAAUGACCUGGCCUGCCACUCGCUGCUGCCCCUGCUGCUCACCACCUCGCAUCACAACGCCUUGCGCACACCUGAGGUGGACAGCGUCCAGUCUUUGCCUGGUCCCCUUCCUGCGAGCCGUAGGAGUCGGGUGUCACUGGGAACCGUGUCCCAGGACCCGAAUGCCAUUUACAGUGAGCUGAUCCUGUGGAGAGUCGACCCGGUCGGACCACUCUCCUUUUCAGGGGGCGUGUCCGAACUGGCCAGGAUCAACUCGCUCCAUGCCUCGGCCUUCUCCAAUGUGGCUUGGCUCCCUUCACUCAUCCCCAGCUCCUGCCUUGGGUUGUACGGUGAUUCGCCAAGUGCCUGCUUUGUGGCAAGCGACGGCCACUCCCUGAGAUUGUAUCAGGCGGUUAUCGAGGCCAAGAAACUGCUGAGUGAACUUUCAAAUCCUGAAAUAUCGAAAUAUGUUGGAGAAGUUUUCAACAUCAUAAGUCAACAAUCUACUGCAAGGCCAGGAUGCAUCAUUGAGCUCGAUGCCAUCACAGACUUUCAGGGGAAGCAGACCCAGUUGUUGCAUGUGUUCGAGGAGAACCUCAUUUUGGGAAACGAGAAAAGGGAUGAUGGCUCACAGGAGCUCCCAACCACUCAGUCUGCCUCCACAUCCACGCUCUUCUCGGCCCGCUUCUUUUUGGUGGUGAUGGAGUUUACCCAAAGUGGAAGAUCACUUCUGCAUAUGUGGCAUCUGCAGCUGGCAGCAAUUCCUGUUGCUAUGGACGACACCUCAAGCCCUGCUAAUAAAGAUACAGCAGCUCUGUCACCUGUCAACAGCUCAAAAUUUAACUUAGAGUCUGCCUCGCCAUCAAUCCAAAUAUCUAAGCUUAGCAGGUCCAAUCUGCGAAGCGCUUGUCGUCUCAUGCUGACCAGCGAGAGGGUGUUCAGUCAGGAACUGAACCUUCCAGAGGGGGUUGAGGUCAUACGUGUAACGCCAGCUGCAGGCCACUUGAGCUCAUCAUCAUUGCAGCCAGCUGGGCGGGCCCCAUAUCUUCUUGCCACGUCUUGUUCAGAUGGCACCAUGAGGUUCUGGACUUGUAGCACAGCCUGUGACGAUUAUAUUCCUGACACACUUACUUAUGCAUGGGAAGAAUGGCCUUUGCUGGUGGAAGAAGGCUUACCCAAUAGCAGCGCAGUGAGCAUUCCUGGCCGGCCAGUGGGCAUCAGCUGCUGCCAUACAAGUCGAGUAGCGGUGGCCUAUAGGGGCGCAAAAUCUCUCGGACUUGCUGCUAGGGAGCCCCUCCUUCAUGUGAGUAUAUUCCAGUGUGAGUCCACAGGAGGGUCCCAGUGGAUGCUGGAGCAGACUCUUAAACUGGAUGGUUCAAGUAGUCUCACUGGUAAUAGUUCUGAUCACCUGACUUUGCCAAGCCUACAGGAAAAUUUGGUGGUUACUGGAGAGUGUAUGGGCAGUAGUGGCAAAGGUUUGGUCCAUCUGGACUGGGUUUCUAGAGAGGAUGGUUCUCAUAUAUUGACAGUAGGUCUUGGCUCUAAACUGUACAUGUAUGGGACACUGUCAGGAAAACCUCCCGAGCUGGGUCUGUCGGACAGUAGCAGAGAGUGUUCCUCUUCUCGGCUUGUUCUAUUACGGAUAGUGGACUUGGUUUCUUCUGUAGAGGGCUCUUUGCCCAUCCCAGUGUCACUGUCCUGGGUUAGAGAUGGUAUCCUGGUGGUGGGCAUGGAUUGUGAGAUGCAUGUCUAUUCACAAUGGCAACCACCAGCUCCAGCCAAAUCGGGACUGACCACAUGCGACACAAAUGUGGGCAGUGUGAACUCCAUCACUGGAGCAGUGAAGCAAGAGGGGUCAAAUCUUCAACCUCCUAAAAAGACUCUCAUGAGGUCUAUGACCAGCCUGGCUCAGAAGCUGAGUGGUAAAAGAACAAUGUAUGACCUUCCGGCUGAAAUGGAAGACUAUGGCUUAUUUGAAGCAGCACACCACCUGUUCCCCACCCUCCCUCAGUAUCACCCGGUGCAGCUUUUGGAGCUAAUGGACCUUGGCAAAGUGCGACGAGCCAAAGCCAUCUUGUCCCACCUGGUGAAGUGCAUAGCAGGAGAGAUAGUGGCUCUGAAAGACGCCACCGACAACCAGGAGCGACGUUUGCGAUCCCUCAGCAUCAGUGCCAGCGGAAGCACUGCCAGGGAUCCAAAGAUGUUUAACAAGGCUGAAAACGCAGAUUACACGGAGAUCGACUCUGUCCCACCGUUACCCCUGUAUGCUCUGCUUGCUGCAGAUGAGGAGAUAACCCCCAAAGCCAAAGACAAAACGUCCAGCGUCAGUGGGGACAGCGGCCAUGGCUCCAGCCGCACGGACACCUACGACGAGCUUUUCCAGGCCACCACCUUGAGCAUGGAUGAUAUGGACCCUUUAGAUGGCGAGGAUGAGGAUGCCAGUGCUAAAGUCAUUGAUCUGUCCCAGUACAGUCCCACUUUCUUCGGCUUGGAACAUGCCCAGGUUCUGUCCAGCCACCUGCUUCAUUCCAGCCUGCCAGGCCUGACACGAAUGGAGCAGAUGUCCCUCAUGGCCUUGGCUGACACCGUUGCCUCCACCAGCACUGACAUUGGGGAAAGUCAGGAAAAAAGUCAAGGUGGAGAGACGCUGGAUGAAUGUGGGCUGAAGUUCUUGCUGGCUGUUCGUUUGCAUACCUUCCUGCUGACUUCAUUACCUCUGGCACAUCGUGCACAGCUCCUCUGUCAAGGACUGUCUACCUGCCACUAUGCUUGGGCAUUUCACUCUGAGGCUGAGGAGGAACUGCUCAACAUGCUGCCUGCCCUUCAGAAAGGAGAGCCCACCUGGCCAGAGCUCAGAGCUAUGGGUGUGGGCUGGUGGCUGCGGAGCACCAAUAAACUUCGCAGGUGCAUUGAAAAGGUUGCAAAAGCAUCUUUUCAAAGGAACAAUGAUCCCUUGGAUGCUGCCCUGUUCUAUUUAGCCAUGAAGAAGAAAGCAGUGGUCUGGGGGCUAUACAGGUCCCAUAAGAAUACGAAGAUGACUGCUUUCUUCAGUAACAACUUUAGUGAAGACCGGUGGAGGAAGGCUGCUUUGAAGAAUGCAUUCUCCUUACUUGGAAAGCAGCGGUUCCAGCACUCGGCAGCCUUUUUCCUACUAGCAGGCUCCCUAAAGGAUGCAGUUGAGGUUUGCCUGGAGAAGAUACAGGACCUGCAGCUGGCUUUGGUCAUUAGCAGAUUAUAUGAGUCUGAAUUUGAGACAUCCUCCACUUAUAAGAAGAUCCUCCAGAGAUAUGUUCUGGGAGAAGACCGUCAGAUUCCAAUGCACCAGGAUCCCUUUUUACGAAGUAUGGCAUACUGGGUCCUAGAGGAUUACAGCAGGGCUUUGGAUACUUUGCUUGAACAACCCAAACUUGAUGCGUCACACCAAGGAUCUACAACGUCUCCAUGUAACCCAGCAGUUUUCAAUUUCUACACCUAUCUCAGAACUCAUCCGCUCCUGCUUCGCCGCCAUUUUGUGUCAUCAGAUAAAGCUAAAGUGGGGCUGACGGCAGAAGGCCGCAUGGCGGACUCCAUUAGCCUCGUAGAGAGGAGACUCUUCUUCACUGCUGCUAAUGCUCACUUACAAGCUGGUUGCCCCAUGUUGGCUCUGGAAGUCCUCUCCAAAAUGCCCAAAGUUGUCAAGCGAUCUAAGCUGCUCCGCAAACAAGAGAAGCCCUCACCCUCUCUCACUGGUUCUUGCAGCCCUCCCAGCAAGAGCAGGAAAGAGCAGGGCUCUGCUCUUGACUGGUCCCAGCCUGAUCUUAAUGGUUUCGAGUCAGUCUCGGAUACCCUGUCUUCAUCGCGAGAAGACCACAGCCACUCAGACUCUGUGCUUAGCUUUGACUGGAGCCAACCCUCCAUGACCCUGCAAGAUGAGCCACUUGAGCUGAAGUGGGACAGCGACAAAGAAGACUCUGAAGAUGAAGAAGCCGGCCUCGCGAUGAAGAACAUCCAACCGGAGAUCGCUGCUGUCUCCCUCAGUGCUCCCAACUCCACUUCUGCUUCCCUAGACGCCGAGCUUGACGACCCCCCCAUACUGUCUGUUGAUAUCCUUGCCGCCCGCCUCAAGUUCAUCUCCUGCCUGAAGAUCCUGACGGCGGAGCUGCGGACGCUCUCCACAGGCUACGAGCUCGAUGGGGGCAAGCUACGAAGCCAGCUGUGUCACUGGCUCGAGCGUGAGGUUAUGGCCCUCCAAAGGUGCUGCGGUUACAACCCCAACCUCCAGCAGCUGCCCGGGGGCAUCUCUGCUGAUCUCGGCCAGGACGUGGGAGAGGAGCAAAGGGCUGAGGGUACUGCCGAGCAGGCCAGGAAGGUGCAGCACUGGCGCAGGCUCUGGCUGCAGAGGAACCAGCCUCUGUUGCGCAUCUUCCUCAGCUACUGCAGCCUGCACGGCUCGCACGGUGGAGGGCUGGCCUCGGUCAGGAUGGAGCUCAUCUUACUGCUGCAGCAGUCCCAGCAGGAUGACAGCCCUCAAGUUUCUGUUCAGCAGCAAGCCUCGGUUCCUCUACUGCUGGCCUGCACGGCGAGCUCCAAAACAGUGGUGGCCAAUCCCAUAGUUCACCUCACCAACUUGACGCACGACAUACUGCACACCAUUAACACUCUGGACUCCCCUCCCCAUCCAGAUGUUAUUAACAACGAGAUCUAUGUGAUGCACACCCUGGCCGCCUCCUUGUCCGCCUGCAUCUAUCAGUGCCUGUGCGACGGCCACGAUUACAGCCACAUCAACCAGUUCACAGGCACCGUGUACCAGAGCAUUCUGCUUUCCCAUCAGCACCCUCUGCGAACCCUCAGCAUGGACGAGGCUGUCCUUCCCAACACCUCUCCAGCUCAGUGGCCUGGUAUCAGUGCUUUAAUGCACCUCCUGAGCAACGCCGGCGAAGAGAACCAGCCGGGCCUGGGCGUGCUGCUGUGCGAGAUCCUGACCGCUGUCUUCCUCAGCCUCUUCGUGCACGGCCUGGCCACCCACUCCAGCCUCGAACUCUUCCGUAUUGCAGCCCACUCACUCAACAGCAAGCUGUGGGUGGCGGUGUUCGGUGGGGGAGCCCACCUUCCUGUGGUGGACAAGCCAAGCUCAUCCUCAGUGCCAGCCACUCUGGAGGAGCAGGAACGGAAGCAGAAGCGCUUCAAGUUGCGUUCUUCCAGAAGCAGCUCCAGAGAGGCACAGGACAGCCCUGCCAGCCGUGGCCCCGUGCUUGAGCAGGACGUGUCCGUCCUUAAAGAGCGCUUUGUGCCCCCCGAGCUCAGCAUCUGGGACUACUUCAUUGCAAAGCCCUUCCUGCCACUGUCUGCCAGCCAGGGUGAGUAUGAUUCAGAGGAAAGCCAGGGGAGUGAGGAGGAGGAAGAGGAGGAAGAGGAGGACAAGGAAGAAGAUGAGAUUGGAGAGUCUUUUGAUGCCAUUUCUCCUCUUCAAGAGCAUUCCAACAACAACUCAUACAGCUGGUGUUUGAUGCGCUUGGCCAUGGUGCAGCUGGUGCUGGUGAACCUGAAAUCGUUCUAUCCCAUAGCUGGCCACGACCUAUUGGACCUGCCCGUCUCCUCCCCGCUGUGCCAUGCUGUACUGAAGACCCUUCAGCGCUGGGAGCAGGUGCUCCUGAAGAGGCUGGAGAUCUUUGGAGGCCCUCCGUCGAACUACAUCUCCACGCACGCCACGGACGAGGCCGUGGCGUCAGGACCGGCUCUUCUCAGGCACAAGUCCUUAUUGGAACCCACUAACACGCCUUUUAGGUCCCGACAUCGCUCAGCCCUUCCUGUGAAGAGACUGUGGCAGUUUUUGGUCAAACGGGAGGAGGUGCAGGACACCUUCAUCCGCAACAUCUUCACCAAGAAGCAGGACCCGAACGAGUCGGUUGAGGACUGCACUGGCAGUAUGAGAUAUUCAGGGAUGGAGGAACCUGGCCUCAAUCAGGUCGAGGCAGAUCUGGGUUACCCCGGGGGAAAAGCACGCAUCAUCCACAAGGAGUCCGACAUCAUCACAGCCUUCGCCAUCAACAAGGCCAAUCGUAACUGCCUGGCAAUUGCCUCCACCCACGACAUCCAAGAGCUGGACGUGUCCUCCAUCCUGGCCACGCAGAUCCUGACGUGGGUCGACGAUGAGGCGGAGACGGAGGUGAAAGGCAGCGACGACUUCCUGGUGGUCCAUGCUCGGGACGACUACAGCACUCUGCAUGGCACCACGCCCUACACCCACAGCAGCCCCGGCACGCCCAUCAACAUGCCCUGGCUGGGCAGCCACCAGACGGGCAGAGGAGCUGCCAUGCUAAUAAAACGGAACAUUAACAACGUGAGGAGGAUGACAUCCCACCCCACUCUGCCGUACUACCUAACCGGAGCUCAGGAUGGCAGCGUGAGGAUGUUCGAAUGGGGCCAUUCCCAACAGAUCAUCUGCUUCAGGAGCCCUGGCAACUCUAGGGUAACAAGGAUCAGAUUUAACUACCAAGGGAACAAGUUUGGUAUUGUUGAUGCAGACGGGGCACUUAGUCUCUGGCAAACAAAUACUUCAGGCACGGCACCAAAACCGUACCUGACAUUGCAGUGCCAUAACAAAACGGCUCAUGACUUCGUGUUCGUGAGUUCCUCCUCUCUCAUUGCCACUGCAGGCCUGUCCACUGACAACAGAAAUGUGUGUUUGUGGGAUACUCUGGUGGCCCCAUCCAGCAGUUUGGUUCAUGGCUUCAGCUGCCACGAGUCCGGCGCCACAGUGCUCGUUCUGGCACCCAGACAGCAGCUGCUGAUCAGCGGUGGGAGGAAGGGCUGGAUCAGCGUGCUGGAUCUCACGCAGAAGCUCCAGAGGCAGUGCUUCCAGGCCCACGACUCGCCCGUCAAAGCCCUGGCAGUGGAUGCCACCGAGGGCCGCUUUGUCAGCGGCUCGGCUGAGGGAAAUAUCAAGGUAUGGAGCAUGUCCACCCAGUGUUUGCUGCACACCUUCCCAAACGAGCACGCGCGGCAGUCCAUCUUCCGCAACCUGGGUACGGGCGUCAUGCAGGUGGAGAUGGCACCGGGCAACCACGUGUUCUCGUGCGGUGCUGAUGGGACCAUGAAGAUGCGAGUCCUCCCCGACUGCUUCAGCGCCCACGGCAACAACAUCAAGAGCGACGUUAGGUUCAUCAUGUAGCAAGCUGUCAAGCACGGAGCCACUUUUGCACAUGGUAAGAUGCUGAGCAAUAUGAAGCACCUGCGGAGGGGCAGAGUUUGAAGACCUGAUGGAGCUCCGCUCUUCGACUGAGCAGUGAGCAAGGCCUGUUUCAGACAUCUGAUAGACUGAGUAAUACAAUGAUGUAUGUAUUGGAUGUGAAUUUAGAAGAUAAGCCGCAUUGUACAACCUGUAUCAGGAUCAAAAUUAGACUGAUCAAUAUAUGUAAGCACACUAUAGGAUACAUUUCUCAUCCCUUAUUCAAAUACAUGGGUCUCUC